GACUUUAUUAUAAUGUGUAAUCAUCUAUCUAGAGUCCUAAAACUGUUCCCAGGUUCACAUUGACCUCCAGUCUAGUCCAGGCUGUGUAAAAACCUGCUGGUAGUUCCUCCACACCGCCUGUUGGUGGCGCUGGAGAGCUAUCUCCUCACUCCCAGGGAACAAAGAAGUAAACAACUUUGUUUUUCUCAGACCAGACUUGAUUUUUGUUCUGAGUCCUUUUGAAAUGAAUGAAAAGAGUUACCCUAAUGAGAAACAUAGCAGUUUUUCUUUAGAUUAUGGAUUGUUUCAAAGUUUGGAAGCAAAGUCAGUUCUUCCCAGAAAUAGUUUUAUUUGAAGUUAAUGUGUUCAGAGAAAGCUGGAUGGUUGCUGUGAUUCAUGCAUGCGGCCUCGUUGUUGCACAAGUUUUCUUUAUUUGGGUGUGUGGUACGCCUUGAUUACUGGAGUUUGAAUGACUGCAGAUGUUUUUCAUGCAGGGAUUUGGUGGCAUGUGCUGCAUGCUUUGUGUUAGCGGUGUGUUUUCUGUAACAGCAUGUUCAAAGCAACAUGACAGAGUAAACAGCCUCACUGGAACUAUUUCCCUCUGAGCUGCGGGUCUCAUGCUCAGUAAGCCUGUUUUCUUCUAAGAACCUGUAACCAUCAAUCAUCAGCAGGCUGUUUUCCUCUCUGCUGCCUCCACACCCAGUCUGCAUGUUUAUUAUGCUGCCUUCAGGCUCAGUCCGGAAAUAUGGACGUUGUGAAAAGUACUGCACACAAUUUAACAAACUAAGUUGUGAUUAGGAGUAAAAAGUGGGAAUUUUACAUGACAAUCACGUUGUCAAGAUAUACCGGUUGUGUUUAUUGUUGUUGUUUCUUAUUUUUAGUGGUUGUCAUAUUUAGUAAUAUUAACAUCAUGAGUCAGUUUCGCUCUGAGGCUUUGCCCGGGCUUGUUCUCAACACAACGAGGACAACCUGUUUAUAUAAAGAAUGAAAGAUAAGGUUCAUCAUCAGAUGCAUGAAAACAUGUUGUUGUUUUGGCCUGAUGAGAACUUUCUCCUUUGUUUUGUGAUGCUCAAAACAAAACUUCAACGCACUGAAAAUCUAAUGUUGUAACAGUUGUGUUCUUUAACCUGGAUAUAAUAAAAGAUAUCAGUCUGUUUUGUAGCUGCAGCAGCUGCUUUCACUCAUUGUUUCAGAGUGUUUAUUCUUGGAAACAGCUGCUGCUGCGUGUGAUUUCUACUGAUCACCAUUUGAACAUAUCCUGGUGUGUUUUGACUGAAUAAAGCACCUGAAUGCUGUCACAUGUAGCACUGAGAAGUCUGAGCCGAGGAGGAGCCCCUGAAGGCAGCACGGCCUCCUCCAGGAGCCUCUGGAGGCCUUACAUAUUAAAGUUCGAGGCUCCGCCCAGCGUCUCAGCCUGAAAAGGGCUGCACACUUUCAGCUUUAAACUAGUGGAUCAAAGUCUCCAGCAGCCUGAAGAACGCUUUAAAACACUGAGAACAAGAGAAAGAAGGAAGGAAUUACUCCGGUUUGAUUGAGAGGAUUUGCACAAUCAGCGAAAAUGAUUUUCGACAAAUUGAAAAAGUUUGACAUCGUGUUCGAGUCCCCGGAGGUGGACUGUCCCCCGGUGUUCAGCAGCGGGGACGUGGUGUCCGGCCGGGUGGUGCUGGAUCUGUCCGGGGAGACCCGGCUGGACUCCCUGAAGCUCCACGCGGAGGGCUUCGCUAAGGUGCACUGGACCGAGUCCCGGUCCGCCGGAUCCAGCACCGCCUACACCCAGAACUACAGCGACGAGGUGGAGUACCUGAACCGGAGGGAGGUGCUGCUGCAGGCAGAUAACGGUGAAGUGACCGUCCUUCCUGCCGGCAGACAUGAGUUCCCGUUCAGCUUCCAGCUGCCCGAGGAGACGCUGGUCACCUCCUUCGAGGGGAAACACGGCAGCAUCCGUUACUGGGUCAAAGUGAAGCUGCACCGGCCGUGGGCCACCGUCAGGAAGAUCAAGAAGGAGUUCACGGUGAUCGAGCCCAUCGACAUCAACACGCCGGCGCUGCUGGCGCCGCAGGCCGGAACAAAGGACAAGAUGGCCCGAGCGUGGUACCGCAACUUUGGACAGGUGUCUGUAACCGCAAAGAUCGACCGCAAAGGCUACACGCCAGGUGAGGUGAUACCUGUGUUUGCGGAGUUCGACAACUCUACCUCCAGAUCCGUGGUGCCCAAAGCCUACAUCACCCAGACUCAGACCUUCAUCGCCCGCGGCACCAUGAAGCAGAAGCGCGCCGUGGUGGGGACGCUGUGCGGGGACAUCGUGGGGGCCCGGUGCCGGGAGACGUGGCACGGCCGAGCCAUCAAGAUCCCCCCGGUGGGCCCCUCCAUCCUGCAGUGCCGCAUCAUCAAAGUGGAGUACAUGCUGAAGGUUUGUGUUGAUGUUCCUGGAACGUCCAAACUGUGUCUGGAGCUGCCGCUGGUCAUCGGCACCAUCCCGCUCCACCCCUUCGGCAGCCGCACCUCCAGCGUCAGCAGCCAGUACAGCGUCAACCUGGAGUGGCUGCGCAUGGCCAUCCCCGAGCAGCCCGAGCCUCCUCCAGAUUACAGCUCCGUGGUGACGGAGGAGGAGGCCGAGCAGAGGAACACCUCGGUGGUCCGGCCGCCUGCCGAGGACCUCAGUGGGAUCCUGGAGCGCCCCCUCAUGGCUUUUGUCCAAGAAUUUCGCUUCCGACCUCCGCCAGUUUACAGCGAGGUCGACCCGAACCCUCAGCCCAUAAACAUGAGACCUCGCUGCAUGACGUGUUGAACCAUGAGCCCGCCGGAGCGUCAAGCGACUUAACUUAAAGAAACGAAUCACAGAGAUUUGUCUUCUCCUGGAUUACUUCUGUCCGAUAAAUGUGACCCGGUCACGCCGAGUGUCGCGGAGGGACUAGAGCGCCGCGGAGAGUCCAGGAGGCGGAGCCACCAGGAACUGAGUCCAUGAAGAAACGUGGACGCUGAACUGUUACCAGGAAAGUAACUUCUCCACAUCAGUUCCUGUCCUCCCCAAGUGAUUUUUAUGAAGCAAGCUACAAAUACCUCCCAAUCAUCAAUUCCCUCAUGAAGCGAAGUUUGAUAUCUAAGAAGUUUGGGACAUAUUUGGGGAGAUCACUUGAUAAAUGUCAGUAGGAGGGUUGGAGGAGGAAAAAGCGCUCUUGAUAAGUUGAAAUGUUUAGAAGCACAUUGUCAUCUUUGAGUGGCGUAAAGAAGUGCAAUUAUUGUCUUAACUUUCCUCGUCCUGGCAACACGGUCGACCAUAGCAACCUGCCUGGCGAUGAGAUUAUUUCUACUGUUCCUGAAGCACAAACUGUAUCUGAAGGUGUGAUGGUGGAGCAGGAACGUCCAGUCAGCAGGUCGAGAUGUAUUUUAUGCAUGCAGGACAAUAUGUAAAAGGGAAAAAUACCUAUGCCUUAAUUAUCUGCAGUUAAAGAUUGCAUGAGCAUUUCAGGGAGUCGUUCUCUCGUAGAUGAGCAGAGCUGAAUGUAUUCUGCAAGAACAAACCGUUGGAGUGUAUGAGAGGAGCUGUGUUAAUGCAAAGCUGAAAGUCGAUUUCAGCACAGUGAUGAAAUGAGCAGUUUGUGUAUGGAGCUCCUUAGAGUAGCGCUCCCAGCUGCUAAAGAGGAGGAGGAGGAGGAGGAGGAGGAGGAGGAGGAGGAGGAGGAGGAGGAGGACUGAACACGUGGUCUCAGCCUUGAUGGGAGCCAGAUGCCUCAGAAAGAACUCAGCGUUCAGCUGGAGAUGCCACUGAAAUGUUAAAUGUAUGGACUAAGAACAUUCCAAAAACUGACUUGAGGAUUAUGUUUUCUCCUCAACUUCCAAAAAAAAACCUGUUAGGAGUAAGAAAGAAGUCUUCAGGGUCAGAUGUGCGACUUUGGUGGCACGCACUGAAAAAAAAAAGUAUUUUUAUACAAGUUGUUGAUUCACAAUCUUGCCAAAGUUUUGUAAUGGUUUUUCUUUUCCAAUAAAAUGAGAUUAAAAUUA